UCCAAGUUACUCAACUGAGUAGAUAUGGCUCUUCUUGCAGUUGAGAAUGCAAAGAAAAAUAAUGAAAGCAAAGUGAAGCAAGAUUUCAAUCCCUUCACCAAAUAUUUUGAAGUCAAGGAGAGCUUGAUUUCCCUCAAAGAUGGGGGAAUAACAUCAGGAUUCCAACACAAAGAGGCCGAUGCAUAUCCAGUAUCAAGCCCGGCUGAAUCUACCAUUACAGACAAGCAAUCUUCUGGGACUGCCCAGAUGACCAUAUUCUAUAAUGGAAUGGUUAAUAUAUAUGACACUAUUCCUUUAGAUAAGGCACAGGCCAUUAUGUUACUUGCCAGUAGUGGGAAUAAAUCAUUUCCAAAAAUGAUUCACAACCAACCCAUUCCAAGGGGUCCAUAUUUUCCGCUUGUGAGAAAGCAUUCUGUACAAAGCUUCCUGGAGAAGCGCAAGAAUAGGUGGAUUCCCAAAACUCCCUAUGCAAAAGAAGAAAAGCCAAAGCUAAAUCUAUGCCCCACAGCUUCGUGA